GUUUUCCCUGUCACGCUGAUCAUGCAGUAGCGUUCCCUGCUAUUAUUGUCUGUCUUCAUUUGCCAGCUUUGGCCAGGUCCUCCCUACAUUUAGGCAUUGCAGUUAGAAAAUAGAAGCACGCUAAUCAAUCCAAGUGUUUAACCUCGUUUUCCUUUCCUUCUUAUCCCUUUAUAUUUAUCAAAUUAAAUUAUAAGGGCAUGAGGUUCUGAAACAAUCGCCGGGAUUGAGAUUCCGAGGUUAACAAUCGGCGUUGCUCUUCAAAAGAAUCUUUGCAAGAAUCAGAUACAAGCGCUCUGAAGGCUAACGAAUCGCAUGGACCUUGGUGACGACGAUGGACGCUGACGCCCAGGCGCCGGAGGCACCGUCGUCGCCGCCGCCGCCCCGGUCCGCCCGGUCGAGGCCGUCGAGCUGGAGCAGCAGCGGCAGCUCCGAGUACACGAGCCUCCGGGACGUGCUCUCGGAGCUGGGCGGCGGCGGCGGCGGCGGCGGCAGCUCCUCCGACCUCCACGACUUCGACACCUCCAACAUCCCCAUCCGCAACCAGCUGCUCAAGCACGCCGCGUCCGCCUACCUCCAGUCCGCCAUCGUCGUCACGCCGCGCGAAAGGGGCUGCCUCAGCAGGGCCUGGCGCCGCCGCUGCCGCAUCCUGCUCCGGCCGUGCCCCGAGUGCGAGUGCGACGUGGACGUCGACCCCGUUCGCCGCUGCGCCGCGGCGUUGGCCGGCUCGGUGCGGCGCGUCCUCGCCUCCCUCUGCGGCUGCGUCGCCUGCGUGUGGACGUAGCGCGCACAGGUGCACCGCUGCCCCACGGCGGCAUUGCACGAGACGAGCUGCCAUCGUGACAUCGUCGCUGCCGUUUGGCCAUGCAUGCAUGCAUGCAUGCUGAUGUUUUAAUUAUUACGCUGAACAUGACUGCUUCGUGUAUGUGCACGUAGGCAUGAUUUUGCUCUUUGCAUUCUGCGAUGGUGUCUGAUACGAAUCAUACGAUCGUACAUAUUUAGACGUGGGGCUGUUUAACUUUA